GAGGUGGGUCAGUGAUUGAGCGCAGCUCCGCAAACAUCAACCUGAAUAGAGAAAUAAACAUGAGCGAGCACUGAACGCGCCUCUUUCAGUCUUUACAUUCAAUAGACGGCCAUUCAACCGGCCUUCAUUUCAUCUCCUUUUCGAUCCUCGACUAUCCUGCAAACUGUCUAAUCUGGAGGAGGACGGGGAGACUAGCAUGGCCAUGACGGGAGGCAUGGCAGCGCCACUCCCAAUGAGCAACCAUACACGAGAGAGAGUCACGGUGGCCAAACUCACGCUGGAGCACUUCUACAGCACCCUGCUCACCCAGCACGAGGAGAGGGAGACGAGGCAGAAGAAGCUGGAGAAGGUGAUGGAUGAGGAGGGGUUACCUGACGAAGAGAAGAGUAUGAGGCGCUCUCUUCAUGCUCGUAAGGAGACAGAGUUUCUGAGGCUUAAGAGGACCCGCCUGGGGCUCGAUGACUUUGAAUCCCUCAAAGUGAUCGGUAGAGGAGCAUUUGGAGAAGUGCGCCUAGUUCAAAAAAAGGACACGGGUCACAUUUAUGCCAUGAAGAUCCUCAGGAAAGCAGAUAUGUUGGAGAAAGAGCAGGUGGCACAUAUCCGGGCAGAGAGAGAUAUCCUGGUGGAGGCUGAUGGUGCGUGGGUAGUAAAGAUGUUCUACAGUUUCCAGGAUAAGCGCAAUCUUUAUCUCCUCAUGGAAUUUCUUCCUGGGGGAGAUAUGAUGACUCUGCUGAUGAAGAAAGACACUCUAUCUGAAGAGGCUACUCAGUUUUAUAUUGCAGAAACCAUCCUGGCCAUCGACUCCAUUCACCAGCUGGGCUUCAUUCAUAGGGACAUCAAACCUGACAAUCUGCUCCUCGAUUCACGGGGCCAUGUCAAACUGUCUGACUUUGGCCUGUGCACUGGCCUAAAGAAGGCCCAUCGGACUGAAUUUUACAGGAACCUGACACACAAUCCUCCUAGUGAUUUUUCAUUUCAGAACAUGAACUCAAAACGUAAGGCAGAAACGUGGAAAAAGAACCGAAGGCAGCUGGCAUAUUCAACCGUGGGCACACCGGACUACAUCGCCCCUGAGGUAUUCAUGCAGACGGGUUACAACAAGCUGUGUGACUGGUGGUCUCUUGGAGUGAUAAUGUACGAGAUGCUGAUAGGCUACCCACCCUUCUGUUCCGAGACGCCACAGGAAACUUACAGGAAAGUCAUGAACUGGCGAGAAACACUGACCUUCCCUCCCGAAGUCCCCAUUUCAGAGAGAUCCAAAGACCUGAUCCUUAGGUUUUGCACAGAUGCAGAAAACAGGAUCGGAUCAGGAAGUGUGGAUGAAAUAAAAUCUCACCUUUUCUUUGAGUCUGUGGACUGGGAGCACAUUAGAGAAAGACCUGCUGCUAUUUCAAUUGACAUCAAGAGCAUUGAUGAUACGUCCAAUUUUGACGACUUUCCAGAGUCAGACAUUCUACAACCAGUUUGUAUGCGAGCAUCAGUUAGGAAUGACGCUGAUCUGAUGUCUGUGAGCUGUACAUUCAAGGCAGAUUUAAAAUUGACAAAUGUAACCGAACCAGACUUUAAGUCCAAGGACUGGGUUUUCCUCAACUACACCUACAAGCGGUUUGAAGGACUGACUCAGCGUGGAACCAUCCCAACCUACAUGAAGGCAGGCAAGGCAUGAAACGGGCAAC